CCAUUACCGACCGCUUCUAAGGCAGCGUCUUGGAGGAGGCGGGACGUGGCGGGGUAGGUGGGAGGGCCAGCUGGUUUCGAUGGACCUUGUCCCUGCACUGAGCCUGGCUCGCUGAUCCAACCAUGCAGGCAGCUGCAGGUAAGAGGCCAGGAGAAAUCCUCUGCGGGGGGCUUUAGGGCAGAGGGCAGAUUGGAAGGCUUUGGGACCAGGACACACUUGGUACUGGGGCUUGGAGCCCUGAGGCAAGUAGACUGGAAGUCAGGAGGGGAGAGGUGAGUGGUUGGAUGUGUCUGCCUUACUGGUCCACGCCCUGUACUGAUAUGCUCGGACUUCCGUGCAUAUCAGGAGGCCUUGGCCGGGGAGGGGAAGGAAGGGGAAGGGAAGACCCUUUUGGAGCGAGUCCUGAAUUUGGGGGUUCCCCGAAGUCCUUUCAGUUAAUGACCAUGGAAGAGGAGUCUCGGGGGGGCAGAAUGUGCCUCUCCUCCCCUCACCCCUUCUUUUCCCAGCAGAUCUUCAGGACACAGCUUCCUUGGCCCCGUAAGUGCUGUGCUGUGAAGGACUGGGGCAAGGGGAGGAGGGAUUGAAGGUGGGGAAGUUCUUCAGCUGCCAUUAGCCAUUAGCACCUCAAGGCGAGCCUGGGACCCAAGUCCGGAUGUCAGUUUUCUCCUACCUGCUUGACUUGCUUCCUUGCAGGAAGUUUGAGUUUAACCCCAAACUGGGCAUUGAUAAUCCUGUGCUCUCCCUGGCUGAAGACCACGAGCCCUCUGAUCUCUGGAGCCUGGAACGACCUCGCUUCUAUCUGCUCAACAGAGAAGAGGGCAGGAGUUUUGGCUUCCACUUGCAGCAGCAGCGGGGCAGGGCUGGGCAUGUGGUGUGCAGGGUGGAGCCAGGCACCUCUGCCCAGCGCCAGGGUCUUCGGGAAGGAGACUGUAUCCUGGGGGUGAACAACCAUGUCGUGGAACAUGAAGACUAUUCAGUGGUGAUACGCCGCAUCCGGGCCAGCGGUCCUCGGGUACUGCUGACGGUGUUGGCGCAGCACGUGCGUGAGGUGGCCCGAGCUCAGCAGGGAAACGACGCCCACCUCUGUCCCACGCUCGGCCGAGGGGUCCGGCCUCGGCUGUGCCACAUAGUGAAAGACGAGGGCGGCUUUGGCUUCAGUAUCACCCAAGGACAUCGGGGUCCUUUCUGGUUAGUGCUGAGCACUGGAGGAGCAGCUGAGCAGGCAGGAGUGCCCCCUGGGGCCCGGCUGCUAGAAGUGAAUGGGGUCAGCGUGGAGAAGUUCACGCAUACCCAACUCAGCAAGAAGCUUUGGCAGAGUGGCAAGCAGGUGACCCUGCUGGUGGCAGGGCCAGAGGUGGAGGAACAGUGUCGCCAGCUGGGAAUGCCCCUGGCUGCACCCCUGGCAGAGGGCUGGGCACUGCCCACCAAGCCCCGCUGUCUGCAUCUAGAGAAAGGGCCCCAGGGCUUCGGGUUCGUGCUCCGAGAGGAGAAGGGCCUUGACGGUAGGCUUGGUCAGUUCCUGUGGGAGGUGGACCCAGGACUGCCAGCAGAGAAGGCCGGGAUGCAGGCUGGGGACCGGCUGGUGGCUGUGGCUGGGGAGAGCGUGGAAGGGCUGGGCCAUGAAGAGACAGUGUCCAAGAUCCGGGCGCAGGGCUCCUGCGUCUCGCUCAUCGUCGUCGACCCCGAGGCUGACCGCUUCUUCAACAUGGUUCGCUUGUCCCCACUUCUCUUCUUGGAGAGCACAGAGGCUCCUGACUCUCCCCAGGAUACCGGCUCAGCCUCUCUGGUUGAGACCAGGGACCCACCAGUUGAAGACACAACCGUCCCACGCGGCUUCCGCCAGUGCUGCCUGUACCCUGGGCCUGGCGGUGGCUAUGGCUUCCGACUCAGCUGUGUGGCCAGUGGGCCUCAUCUCUUCAUCUCCCAGGUGACCCUAGGAGGCUCAGCUGCCCGGGCGGGACUGCAAAUGGGAGAUGUGAUUCUGGAGGUGAACGGGAAUCCCAUGGGCGGAGAGAAUGACCUGGAAAGACUUCAGCAGCUGGCUGAGGCGGAGCCACCCCUAUGCCUGAAGCUGGCGGCCAGAUCUCAGCAGGGCUUGGAAGCCUGGAUUCCCCCAGGGUCUGGAGAGGACUGGGCUGUAGCCUCAGAUCUACUGUAGCACCCCCCAUGCCUGGCACAGAUCUGCCCAAGCUUUCCUGUCUCCACUCUCCAGCCUGAGGUGGUGGGAGCUGAGAUGCUCUCUUUAAACCAGAAGCUGCAGCUCUAGGACUCCGGAUACCUCCAUCACAGGAUAGUCCUUGGCCUCCCUCCCUUCCCAUGGGCCCACAUCCUAGAAGAGGGUGUGGCCAGAGGCCUCAGGUGCGCCCAUGAGGGAUUCUCCCCUUUGAUUCCAAAGGAAGUCACAUGGGAUCUUUGGGAGCUGUGCCCCAAGAAUGAAGAUCUGCGUGAGAUGAGUGGUAUGAUUUUGUGAUUUAUAACAAGAAAUAUAUGUGUGGCCUUCAUACCCUUUCCUGGCACAGAGCUCCUAAAAUCCUUGGAAUUUCCUAAGUAGUAAGAGAGAGAAAGCUGUCUUCUGUUUUUGACAAUAAGCCCCUUUCAACUACACCUAGUUUUGUUAAUGAGGUGACUCUUGAAAAGCACCUGAGAAUGGGGCACUGGUUUCCAGGGGAACCAGUCAUGUGAUUAGAGGUUUGGAACUUUCAGUGCCCCACCCCCACCCCUACCCUCAACCUCCUGGGAGGGGAGAGGGACUGGAGGUUGAAUUAAUCACCAGUGUUCAAUGGAUCUUGCCUACAUAAUGAAGCCUCCAUAGAAACCCAAAAGGACAGUUUCAGAGAGCUUUCCGUGUUGCUGAACACGUGGAGGUGCUGGGAGGGUGGCGCACCUGGAGAGGGCGUGAAGCUUCCAUGGUCAUACCUCGCCCGGUUUAUCUCUUCCAUCUGGCUGUUCCUGAGUUGUGUUCUUUAUAAUAAACUGGUAAUCUAGUAACUAAA